CUAUUAAUGCUGAUGUAUUACUCGUUUUCAGUUGUUACAAUAAGUUAGUUGAUAAUUUGUGCUUCCGUGGGUACUUGGAUUAAGCUCUCUAUGUGUUUGAUGCAAUGUGUGAUAGAGGGGUGCCUCCCACAGUUCAUUUGUUUAAAACAUUGGUUCUUUCGUUUUGUAAGAGAGGUAGAGUUGAGGAAGCGCAAUUGUUGAGCAUGGAUAUGGAGUCUUAUGGUUUUGUUUUGGAUAAAGUCAUGUACACGACUCUCAUCAACGGCUAUUCCAAGAACCAGAAAAUGAAAAGGGCUAUGAUGGUAUUUCUCAGAAUGCUCAAGUUGGGUUGUGAACCUGAUAAGUAUACUUACAACACACUGAUAAAUGGGUUUACAAACUUGGGCAUGUUCGACGAGGGUUGGGUGCUGCGUCAGCAGAUGGUUGAAUUUGGAUUAGAACCUGAUGCAGUAAGUUACCAAAUCACGAUUGUCAAGUAUUUCAAGGACCAUAAAGUUUAUUUUGCAUUGAUGCUAUUAGAUGACAUCAAUCAAUGCAAUGGUGCUCCCAGUGUUCACUCUUAUACUGCUUUAAUCUCUGCACUUUAUAAAGAGAAUCAGUCAGCAAAAGUAGAUUACUUAUACAGGAAGAUGUUGUACACUGGAUUGGUUCCUGAUGAUGUUCUGUUUUUUACCUUGAUCAACAAUCAUCCAAAAGGGACAGAGAUUAGUCUAGCAUGCACAUUUUUGCGGGCUAUUGCCAAGAACGGUUGUGGUAUUGACCUCUCUUACAUCCCUAGCCCUACCAGUCGUAAAGUUACUUCAGAUAUCAUGCUUGAUAUUGAUUGUCUCUUGGGAGAAAUUGUGGCAAGAAACUUACCUCUGGCUAGUGUUGCUUUCAAUAUAUACAUGAUUGCUUUGUGUCUAGGAGGAGAACUUGAUUCUGCUCAGCUUUGCAUGGAUAAGAUGGCAAGCCUUUCUCUUCAGACUUCGCUAUCAGCUUAUAAUUCCAUGAUCAAGUGCCUUUACCAAAAGGGACUACAUGAGGAUGCCAAGUUUCUUGUUGAAGUUAUGCAAGAUCAAGGUCAUGUUCCAAAUCAAGCAACAUUCUUGAUUAUGGUAAAUGAAUACUGUAAACAAGGUGGCAUACAAUCAGCACUAGAAAUUCUGGACCAAAUGGAAGAGAGUGGAUUGAAACCUAGUGUUGCUAUAUAUGAUUCCGUCAUUGGGUGUUUGGGUAGAAAAAAAAAAAUAGGCGAGGCCCUUGGAGUUUUCCGGAGAAUGCUCGAGGCUUGAAUUUAUCCUGAUAAAACUUUGUUUCGGACAAUGAUUAAUUCUCUAUCAAGAAAUGGGCGAGCUAUUCAGGCCCAUGAGCUCUUCGAAAAAAUGUUGGAAGAUGGAGUCCAACCAAGCCACUAUGCUUAUACUUCUCUAAUAAAUGGGUUAGUUCAAAAAAAC